AUGGCAGCAGAACGUGAUGUGCGAUGCUUGGGGAGCAGCUCGAUCAAUGACCUUUUCUGCAAGGAACCUGUGGCGGGAUUGGAGGGGGCACAAGAUGUUACGGCUGAGAUUUUGCGCCCCAGAGUGGAGAAGCCGGAAGGGCCUUUGCUUGAAGCAUCAGCUGUUUCUUUGCCAAAGGCAGCUGUGGCGGGCUUCCAAUGCUGGAUGGCCAACACACCCGGACUGGUUGGAUUGAUGCUUGGCAUGCCUCACCGGCAACACCAUGGUCGUGUAGCUUGCACCUCGCUGAUCGUGGGAACAAGUCUGGCGGAUCUUCUGGCAGAUGCACGAGUGGCCAAGGCUUGCGAAGAAGAAGGAGCUCGUAUUUGCGGGGCAGUGAUGGGAGAAGAAGAAACGCCACGGAGCUGCGCCAAACAAUUUCUGGUGACUCUGCUGGAGAAGGGUUUGGAUCCUUCCAUCGUGGUUUUUGUAGCUUGUGUUCCCACCACUCUUGAGGUACCAGAACAUGACUUGAAUUGCGUGUCCUGCGCCAAGCUCACUCCACAUGAAGACGGGUUUCACAUGAUGGCUUUGUCUCCUACGUUCAGCUACAUGAAGGGGAAACGCCUCGGCAACAUUUGCUGGGUCCAGCACCUUCAUCUAUCAAAGCGGGAUCACAUCUACCAGACCAUUGUGGGCACAGUCGUGAAGAAGGCAAUGGAAGUGGCAGAGGUCAAACCAACAGUCAAGCUGGUCCGGUUUGAAAUCAUUGGAGUAGCGGGUGAUGGUCGCUGUGGGUGGCGUGCAUUGCUGGCCAGCGCAAACACCGAAGGGUAUUUGCGUGUACCGAGGAACAGCGCGCACUAUCCAUUGAACCCACGGCAAAACCAGCAGGAAGUUCAGGAGUCAAAAGAGUUGUGUGCCGAUGUUUGUGAUUGGGCUUGGGAGCGCUGGCCUUCUUGCCGUCCCCACGUGGAGAGGGUUCGAGCAGACAACGCAUUCUAUGUUCAGGACUUGUCAUGGAUUGCCGGCGCAUUGGACAUCAAGGUGCGGUGCACCAUAAGGCCCGAUGUGCACCAGGCGAUCAAGGAAGACUUUCCGGCUCUUCUUCAAGAUUGCGUCUUGGGCCACGCCACAGCUCCUGUCACGGCUCAUUUGUUCUUCUCUUGGGCCACAGACUCCACAGGGGAAAAAACCUUUGGCCAUUUCGAUCUCCUUCGCCCUACAUCAGAGCCCAUUUUUGCGAUGGAACUGGCAGAGGAUGAGAUAGAAGAGUCGCUCAAGGAGACCACGACUGAAAUGAAUGAGGAG